GGGUCUUGAACGCACCCCCGUUUGCUCCGGAAGUGUUUAAUUUUUAAUUUAGUGUGUGUGCAUGUUAUUGUUGUGAAUGCAGUGAGCAUGGCUUCCUCUACGGCAAACCAUAUCACAAUAGGAGGUUGAUUUAGCUGUAGCCUACCCAUGAUGAACUUUGACAGUCUUGACCCUGGGAUGGGUGAGUACCCACCCAGCCUUCACGGGACUCUGGACACGGGGAUGGAGCCCUCCAUGGACCCCCACCUUAACCCCAGUUUACUGCAGGGUGUGGAGCUUGACCCAGAGGGCCUUGCUGUAACAGUCCCCGAGCCUGUGCACCUCAUGGAGGGAAUGUUCUCAGAGCUACACAGUGCAGUUUCAGAAGUCGGCAUCCCAGUCACUGCAACCCAUUUUGAUCUCCAGGAGGAAAUGCUCUGGAUGGGAAACCACAGAGGUCACGUAACCUCAUUCUUCGGACCUACAAUGGGCCGCCACUCCUCUUUCCAAGCACAUGCAGCAGAUGACAUCAGACACAUUCAGAGUUUGGAAACAGGCGUCCUGUUCCUUUCCAAGUGUAACCUUAAAUGCCACACUCGCGGCGGCCUUGUUAUGUUUGAUUACCCGAUGGAGGAGGGAGCUGAUAUGCACAGUCUUCUCAUGACUGAUAACAACACCUUGCUCAUAGGUGGAUUACAAAACUAUGCGGUUGAAUUUGACUUGAAUACCGUUCAAGAAACUCAAAAGUUCACUGUUGAUGUACCUGGAGUGGCUAUAAUGCGUCAAACCGGCCGUUUCUUUUUCUGUGGACACACCUCUGGCAAGAUAACCCUUCGGGACUUGCGUAGCUUCAAGACGGAGCAUGAGUUCGAUGCGUUCUCUGGCAGCCUGUCCGACUUCGACGUUCAUGGAAACCUUCUGGCUGCGUGCGGGUUCUCCAGCCGAGGAAUGAAUGGGUUGGCGUGCGACCGAUUCCUUAUGGUGUAUGACCUCCGUAUGAUGCGAGCUGUAACGCCUCUUCAGGUGCAUGUGGAUCCCGUCUUCUUGCGCUUCAUUCCGACCUACACGUCACGCCUGGCAAUCAUCUCCCAGACAGGUCAGUGCCAGUUCUGUGAGCCCACUGGACUCGCCAACAUGGCGGACAUUUUUCACGUCAACACUGUGGGCCAGCUGCUCAUGAGUUUUGAUGUGUCGUCCAGCAAACAAGCCUUGGCCUUCGGGGACUCUGGGGGAUGUGUGCACCUGUGGUCGGAUGCUCCAGAGGUUUCAUUUAAUGACUACUCACGGGAGACAGAGUUUGCUCUGCCUUGCCUUGUGGACACGCUGCCUCAGUUGGACUGGAACCAUGACCUGCUGCCCCUCUCGCUUAUCCCCAUGCCACUGACCAGCACAGAGCAGCUGUUGUCGGAAUGGUCCAUUGCAGGGGCUACACCCAGCCCCAGACGAGCUCCCCCCGUGGACCCAGAAAUCCUGCGCACAAUGAAAACUGUUGGCUUCAUUGGUUACGCAGCAAAUCCUCGCACACGCCCGCGGAACCAGGUUCCUUACAAAGUUAAAGAUGUGGAGCUCGAUUUUGAUAGUUACAACCAGGUCCCUGAAUCACCAAUUGGGCGUGAUGAAGAGCCACAUCUCUACAUGGUGCCCAAAAAGUACAGAAAGGUCACAAUUAAAUACUCCAAACUUGGACUGGAGGACUUUGACUUCAAACAUUACAACAGAACCUUGUUUGCUGGCCUGGAGCCUCACAUCCCCAACGCCUACUGCAACUGCAUGAUCCAGGUAUUAUAUUUCCUGGAGCCAAUCCGGUGUCUUGUGCAGAAUCAUUUGUGCCAGAAGGAGUUUUGCUUGGCCUGUGAGCUUGGCUUCCUCUUUCACAUGUUGGAUUUAUCACGAGGAGAUCCAUGUCAGGCCAGUAACUUCCUCCGAGCGUUUCGUACCAUUCCAGAAGCCUCAGCGCUGGGUCUAAUCCUCGCAGACUCAGAUGAGCAAACGGGGAAGGCCAGACUUGGCCGCUUAAUCCAAAGCUGGAACCGCUUUAUCCUCACCCAGCUCCACCAGGAGACACAGGAACAGGAGGGCCCACAGGCCUACAGGGGAGCCAGCAGCAGUUCUCUGGGUUCCUCUGGGGAGUCCGCCAUCGGUAAACUGUUUGGAUGCGAAGUCGAAAACAGCAGCCUGUGUCGCUGUGGCAAGGAGACGGUCCGCUCCUCCCUCACGCUGCUUUUCACCAUGCAUUACCCUGAACAGAACUCUCAAGAAAAAACUGUAAAGGAAUACGACUUUGCUGAGAUCUUGAAAAAAAGCAUCUGUCUGGAGCAGAGCACUCAGGCGUGGUGUGAAAACUGUGAGAAGUAUCAACCCACAGUACAAACACGCAACAUCCGAUGUCUCCCAGAUGUUCUGGUCAUCAACUGUGAGGUGAACAGUGCUAAAGAGGCUGAAUUCUGGAAGGUUCAGGCGGAGUACGCCUUCAAUAAGGCGAUGCAGAAAGAGGCGCAGGAACCUGCAAAACCCAAAGAGCCCCCACCCCCCAUGCCCACUGAGUGGUGCUUGGACGGGGAGGACAUGGGCAGCAUGGAGGGCAUCACCUUCAACACUCGGGCGGAGGAUCUGCGACACGUCUGGAUCCCUCCGACUCUCAAGAUGUCCAUCAGCAAAAGUCAGGGACUGGAGAUCAGCAGCUGGCCCGAAGGAGAGGAGUUAAGUGCUGCUGAAGAGGAGGAGGGGGCCUCUGUUUAUGACCUGGUGGUCACGGUGCCUCAUAUCCUGGACGCUCGCACAGGUGGGAACUUGGUUGCCCACAUCAAGGUGGGAGAGACCUACCAUCAAAGAAAGGAGGGAGUCACGCAUCAGCAGUGGUACCUUUUCAAUGAUUUCUUAAUUGAGCCAAUUGACAAGACCGAAGCUGCUCAGUUCGAUGUGAACUGGAAAGUGCCCGGCAUUCUGUAUUACGCCAAGAGGAACUACCACACCAAAUACGACCUCCGCAUUAAAAAUCCCAUAGACGCCAGCGUGCUGCUGACGGAGGCCUCGUUGGCCCGGAAGCAGCGGAAGAGUCACGCCACUUUCAUCCCCCUCAUGGUCAACGAGAUGCCGCAGGCCAACGACUUGGUGGGGCUGGACGCUGAGUUUGUCACGCUCAACCAGGAAGAGGCAGAGCUUCGCAGUGACGGCACCAAGUCGACCAUCAAGCCCAGCCAGAUGUCUGUGGCCAGGAUCACCUGUGUGAGGGGCCAGGGGCCCAACGAGGGGGUGCCCUUCAUCGAUGACUACAUCUCCACUCAGGAGCAGGUCGUGGACUAUUUGACCCAAUAUUCUGGCAUCAAGCCAGGAGACCUGGAUGCCAAGAUUUCUUCGAAGCAUUUGACCACACUGAAGUCCACUUACCUAAAGCUGCGCUUCCUCAUCGACACGGGAGUCCGCUUUGUUGGUCACGGUCUACAGAAGGACUUUCGGGUUAUUAAUUUACUGGUUCUAAAGGACCAAGUCGUCGACACGGUCUACCUGUUCCAUUUACCCCGCAAGAGGAUGAUUUCUCUGAGAUUUCUGGCCUGGUACUUUCUAGACCUCAGCAUCCAGGGGGAAACCCACGACAGCAUAGAAGACGCACGCACCGCCCUGCAGCUCUACAGGAAGUACCUGGAGCUGAGUCGCGGAGGGGGGAACGACGAAGUGAGGAAGGUCCUGAAGGGACUGUACGAAAAAGGCCGCCAGAUGGACUGGAAAGUCCCGGACUCGGACACAGGAGAUGGUCAAGGUAGCCCAAAAAGUGCUGCUGUGUUUCCCUCUGUGAUGGGGCUGUGAGCCGCACCGUGACACCUUCCCACUCAACAGCGUUAGCUGACACCUGCUAGUUCAGUUAGUGCCAUGUUGUGUACUUAUUUGCAUUUGCUUUGUGUGAAGAGUAUGAUGGAGGUCUUUGUUCCCUGUACAGUCCACUUCGGCACGGUGCCUAUACCGUUUUAGUCAAGUCAAAAUUUCACUUUUUGUCCAGGAAAGGUUUCCAGAAAAA